AAUUAAUUGAUUUCUGCUGGCCUGUCUUCUGCUAUGCUGCUGCUGUGGCCGACAGACUGACUGACUGCCGAUGUGCGAGUGAGUCACAGCCUCUGUCUGCGGGCGGGCCUCGCUCACUCAUCCACACCACCAGCGCUGCUGCUCCGGACACCCACACCAGCGGACGACGUCUGCAUAAUGGAACCACAGAAGGAGCAAACACUCAUCCAGGGCCGGUCACACCUUCUUGCAAUGUAAGUGUUUGUAUGCCUUACGGGCUCCGAGGCUGCGGCGGCUGCCGUCGCCGCGUUGUUGUUGCUCUGCUGAGGUGGUCCGGCGUUGAGGGAUGAUGCGGCCUCUCCCCCGCCGCCGCCCCCAUUGGCCGCCCCGUCGACAGCAGCCUGCUCUUUGGCCUGGCGUAGGGCCGUCAUGAUGGCCUCCACACUUGCCUCGAGUGUCGACAGCGCUGCGUUGGCAUCGCUGAGGGCCGUGGAUGCAUCACUCUGGAGAGGAGCACCGCCGCUCGACGAUGAUGAUGAUGAUGAUGGCUGUGACUGCUGCUGCUGUGGGUCUGGUGUGGCCGGGGGAAUCAUCUCGUAGAUGCCAACCUGAGCUCAGACAGCCAGACAGACAGAGGAGUUCCAUGGGGCCACUCUGGCACCGUACCCUACCCUGAGGCCCUCCUUGAGUAUUUCAGGCUCGAGGAAGAUGACACAGGCCAUGAUGAGCAGCUCUGCACACACAGACACACACACACAGACACACACAGACAAAGUCCAUCCACUCCGCACAGAUGGCGCAUCGCAUACGUAAUGCAUUCAUUGAUCUCACCGAUUCCUGGUGUGCCGAGGCCGCCGGGUCCCUUGGCGCACGCAGCGGCCAUGGUGUGCAUGUGCGACGACAGGAUGCCCCGACACGCAUUGUGGAAGGGCGUGUCGCCGGGGAACAGAUGGGAGGGCAGCGCUGCAAACGUCGGCGGCAGCAUAUACGAAUAAAACUGAACCAACACGGCGCACCACACCCAGCCAGACAAACAGACAGACAGACAGACAGACAGACGUGCAGCUGCUGUUGGUACAUGUAGUAGUCAGUAUGUGUGUCUGUCUUGUCUUGUCUUGUCUUGUCAUGUCAGCUGUCGCUGUGUACUUACUUGUGCCAUGAGGCUCUCGGGUAGCCUCUCGGUGAGGAAGUGGCCUAGUGGCGAGUCGCGCGGGACGUCCUUGGUGAGUUCGGACAUGGCGGCCGUCCACCCCUUCCAGCGCAUAACGGACUCGCUUCUUGCUCCCCUGCAGAUACCAGUGGUACGCUGCACACACACACACACACAGACGCCACCCACAAGCAAAGGCGACCACAAUUGUUCACACGAUUGGUUAUGUGCGGGUGCGUACUUCGGAUGACGGUCGCGGUAGCUGGUCUGGAUCGAAGGUCGGGCGGGAUGGGGUCGAUGAGGGCCCCCAUGUGCAUGUAACUCAUCAGACGGCCGGGGGAAGCAGAACCAAACAACGCGUCACGCCACAAGGGGGUCUGACGCAUCACACACACACACACACACACACGUUCAUGGUCGUGUGUAUUGGGGUGCGUGCGCAUCUGCCUCCCUCCCCCCGCCCCACCAACUUAGCUUACCCGUGGAAUGUGCGAGUUGACGGGCCAGAAGGUCUUCAUCAAACACAUGUUGACCAGCACGCCCAGCAACCUGACAUACAUCCAAACAAACAAACAAACCAACAAACAAACAAAUGCGACACCACCACAUUCCAGUCAAUCAAGACAUGCUAUACCUUCUGGUGCACCCACCGAUUUCGAUCCCCAGACGCCACCGCAUCGCUCACAGCCCUACACUGCUCGGCUGACACGCUGAUGGUCGGUGGGGGUGUGCUGCCGGGCCCACCACGGCGCACCCCACCGGUCGGGAUGCCCGGCGGCCUGUAGAGGCCCAAGAGGCUCUGCGGGCGGCCAUCGUGGCGGCGGAUGUCGUGUAUGUCGGCCCCGUGGGACACGAGCACACUCAGCAGGUGCGCCGGCUCGAAUGCAAGUGGGCGAGUGGCGAUGAGAUUGUAGAGCAUGACGAGGGUGGUCUCGCCGGCGUGGUUGCGGGCGGAGGGGUCGACGCCCUGCGAGAGAAGGAAGCCCACGACGUCCUCACGACUCGCUGCACACAAGCCAAGACAAGACAAAUGAACGGGGGCAAUGCGUCGUCAUGGCAUCUCUGCACGUGUUUGACGGCUGACCUACCUGAUCCCUGGCGGAUGCUACACACACACACACACACACCCGGGGACACACAUACAGAGUGGGCACGGGUGCAGCUUCUCUCGUGAGUGCACGUGUUGCUCUCCUCCCCCACCCCCCCUCGCCCCGCCCCGCCCCGCCCCGCCCCACCUUCGAUGCAGCAGCGUGUUGCCCUUGGUGUCCCGGAUGUUGGCGUCCAUCCCGUUGGCGAAGAGCUUGCGCAGGAGCGGCUUGUCGUGGAGCCACCGGUGCAUCCAGUCGCUGCCCACGAUCUCGUUCCAGCCGAGGAAGACGGGCGGGUCCACGAAAUGAACAUUGGCGGGGUCAGCGCGGUUGCGGGUGAAGCCCUGCACAGCACACAGACACAGAUGCACAUAGACACACAUGGGUGUGUUUGUGUGUGCGAGUUGGUGUUUCGAUGUCGUCAAUAUUUACCUACCUGUGGGGCGCCUCCUCGUUUGAAGAGCGCCUCGAGGACCAGGUCGAAGGCCGCACUGCACGUGGCCGACCCGCACCCGCCACACUCCUAACACACACAUGCAAACAUACAGACAUAGCCUGACGUGCCGCACAGAGAGAGGCAGUGAGAGACAGACACUGACCGACCCUGGCUUUCUUGAUGAAUCGAUGCAGCGGCAGAUGGCCCUCGAGGUUGGCCAUGCUCGCCACUUUCUCCGGCACCCUCGGCGCGUCGGGGUAGUGUCUGCCCUCCUUGAGCAGCAGCAGUGAGCCGUCGGGCUGGCGGUGGAUACGGAGGAUGGUCAGGAUGGCGUCCACGGCGGGGUUGUAGGACCCAUCGGGCUUGACGAUGGGCCGCGUGAAGUCCUGGAGUGACAUUUUGUUGAUGACCGUGUGGAGGAUGGUGUCGCCGUUGGGGCGGAUGUCUGAACACAUGCACACACACGAAUCAGACCACACGCAUAGGUGGAUGUGCUGGUCUGCCUGUGGACCUGAUCAAUCUACCUGUGAGGUCAGCAUCGGGGACCUUGAUGAGCUGUCGCACCAGCGGCAUCGGCAACUCCUGGCGAAGCGAGAACCGCCCCACAAGCGCACCACCGUCGAGCAGCUUCUCGACGCACUCGUCAAUCAGGGCCCUCUCAGCCUUUGCGUUGCAGAGAAUGGAGAGCGGCGAGCUGUCGUCAUCGGUGAGGUUGAUGUUCGCCAGAGGGAUGAGCGUGUCGACGAGCGCCAGGUACUCGGGGCGACCGACCAUCGUGACCUUGAAAAUGUGCUGGCAUGCGUCUCUGAGGAUGGUGAUGAGCUCAGGCUGAGGAAUGAGGCCGUGCAGCACCAGCUGGUUGACCCGGGACCAAUCGCCUGACAGCGGGGGGUGGCGGGGGGGAAGGGGUCAGGUACAAAUUGGCGAUGGGGGUCCUGGUCUGUCGGGUGCUUCUGGUUGUGUUGGUACCUUUGUAGAGGAGGAAGCGAAUGGCAGACGCCAUCCGGUCGGCGAAGAACUGCACACAUUAGAUAAAGAGAGAGAGAGAGCGAACACACACACAGACACACAGACAGACACACACACACAUGCAUCCAGCCAGUCAUCCAUUUUCACGACCGUCGAUGCACCCUCCCUCCCUCUCACCCAUGCCCGACGUGCUUACUUGUCUAAUAUCUUUUUCCUUGACGGUGCUCCUGGACAUGAUCAUCUUGGCCACGGCAGGGCUGGGGUUGAUCAUGCUCCUGAUCUGCCUCCGCACCUCCUCGUCGUUGAGGUCGCCUCCGGUCAGCAGGGCCUCGAGGCCCAUCCUCAAUGAGUCGCCCAUGGCCUCUCGCUGCGUGAGGACGUCCUCGAGGCUCUUUCCCACGGCUUUCCACCCGUCCACCGGCCUGCUGCCGUCCGCUUCCGUGAUACGGUUCACCGACCUAAAGAGAGAAGAAAGGUGCGCAAGUGGAUGGAUGGAUGGAUGGAGUGUGUGGGUGGUGGGUGAGGUUGGGCGAGAGCUAGGUGUAUCCACCAGCCGCGGGGGAUGACAUGAUGCCUGCCUGUUUGUGCGCCGCACCCACCUGGUGGUCUAGAUCAGCACUCUUGCUGACGACGCAACAGCAACGUCUCGAACGAACGGGUGCUGAGAUGACGCACCGGAGAGCACACGAUGAGCAGUUUCGCGAUGAGGUUGUCUUGUCUGCCCUGUGGUGUGUUUGUACCUCUUGUCAACUCAAUGAGAUCGGAGAGCGUCGCAGCGCUGUGGCUGCCAAUCUACGUCAACGACAGGUCUGAAACACGUUGACGCGGUUGCCGGGGGGGCAGAGGAUGCUGUCUGCGUCGGGCACAGUGAAGCAGAGAGGCAAUAGCAGAGAGGCGAACCGAUGAGAUAACUGACGACGAUGGCCGAAGGCGAUGGAUGAACUCACAGAUCUGACGGCUGGCGCUAGAGAAGGAGAUCUCCAGAAGGGUGGCCAAGAAGCAACUGAAGCGAUGGUUGGAGAUGGCGAUCGGCAU